GUUCAAACAUUUCAUAUAUUUCAAUGGGCUAAUUAACAACUUAAACUCUUUCAUGGUUUAAAACGCUAUACAAGCGUGAAGUAUCGCUCUUUUUUUUGUGGAGAGCAAAAGUUUGAUCGGUGUGAUCCCUGGUGGUCCUCCCUCGCCAAUGGUCAUAAUGUCACUGCUGUCUUCUUGUGACAUGUCCGUAUCGCUUAGUGUGCUUUUGACGGCCAGUGCAGUAUUUUCAACAGUGUCAUCUCAGACACAAUAUUGGUUCCGACCCGUGAAUUCCACAGCUAGAUUCCAAGACGAGCCCGACAACCAUGAGAAAGCCGAGGGUAAUCUUCAGUGGAAAGAAACAAAGGACAGACUAAUGCAGUCCCUUGAGAACAGCCAAUCUGCUCAGAUGCGCGAUUUUCUCGGUAACAUCAGUGACUUCGUUAGGGAUCUUGAACAAACCUACUUUAAACUUGGUGUUAGCCCACGAAAUACAAGACGUCUUCACAAAGCUCUGCGCAAAGCCCGCAACAAAGAACCGGUGAAUGUACUCAUCAUAGGCGGGUCUAACAGUGCGGGUGGCGGAAUAGACCGGCGAGAGGGGAACCUAGAGAGCACCUAUUACGGCGUAUUCACUCGAUGGUGGAGAGAGACUAUGACUCCGAUUACAGGCUCAGAGCUCAUCGUGUAUAAUAUCGCGAUUGGUGGUACAGGGGCUGCCCUUUUUGCAUUUUGUUUUGACGCGUUCAUCCCUGUGAAUCAGAGCAUUGAUAUAGUUCUUGUUGAGCUGGCGCCGAACUACGAGUUACCAGGCAAAGCAAAGCCGCUUGAGCAGUUAACACGACGACUGCUUACCUAUUAUUCAAUUCCGGAGGUCUUGUACGUUAAUGCUGUUGGAAUGGAUAGAAAAUCGAACCCAAGAUGCGAGAACCUUGAAGAUUUCGGACAAACAGAAUUAGCGGAUUAUUACCAGAUAACUUCGUUUAGCUUAAAAAAUAUCAUAUGUCCGAUGGUCGGCGGACAGAGGGUCGAGAAUUUGGACAUAGCCUCUAAGAUGACGAGCAAAGACGGGAAUCAUAUAUCGAUAAAAGCGCAUGCGUAUUUAGGGAGACUGCUGAUUAAUCACAUCCGAGAAGUGUUCUUGGCGCAGAUAGGGGGUAACUAUGUGCUUAGCGCUGGGGUGGGUCUACCCGAACCGUUAUUUCUGCUAAAUCCCCUGGAAGUUAUCACAAAUCCUCAGUGCUCGACAAGUGUGACACCAAACUACCUCCAGAAUUUUUACCACAGAACUCUCAAUAUCCAACUCUUGUCAUUCCGAGACUUCACGUUUUAUGUCAAACCAUACGUCAAUUUCUGGGCGAAAAAAGGGUAUCGGCCAAUUGAUAGAAUGGAUAAACAGCGUGGCUGGCUAGGGCGUGUCCCGGGGGCGUACCUCAAGUAUGGGGUUGUAGUGCCCCCCUGUAGACCCAAAAUAAAUCAGAUCCAAUCGAGAUCGAUUGGUGUUAUAGUACAUAAUGAAAGUGAAAGGGGGGGUAAAGGGUUAGUUUAUCUGGAUCAGAAAAGACAUCAGGGGAUCGUGGUUGAUGCCAAAACGUAUCGAGGAACAAACGAUGUUUAUACGAUCGCUACCCGAGUUCCCCCCGGAUAUCACACGAUUACCGUCGAGGUGUUAUCGGAAGGUAUGUUGCUGAUAACUGGGGUUGUCGUAGGGCCCCCAGAUUUCUGCUGCAAGUUUCUGUGAUAUGACGGAAACAAUUAUCGCUCACUGGUGGACAUGACAGAUCUAAUAAGGCGGAAAAUUUCUCUAAGUACUUAGUGAGUAAUAUCAAACAAAAUAUCAAGUGCGACUUUUUUUAAAUUGAUGCGACUUUUUGUAAAGUGUCAUUGAAAUUUGAGCUUUUCGUCCU